AUGGGUAGCACUGAUAGUACUGCGACUUCCGAGAAGGUUUUCUCACCACCAAUCUGGAGGCCAAAUGAACGGAAGUCAAAAAAAGAAAAUGUCACAAGCUUUCUUUUGUAUACCAUUGAAAUGAAGAUGAAGAUGUACAUGCAUCUAGAAUUCGUUGAACAAGGGAAUUCGAAGGUAGAGAACAAAAAAGAAAUAGGGGAAACAAGUAAUAAGAGAAUACGGGGUGUUGAGAGAGAUGGAUGUGGAGAAUGGCUUGUUAUCAUUGUUGAUUCAGACAAUGAUGAAGGGGAAAUUAAUGGCAAGGAGGGUGUUGGUGUAGAAGAGAAAAUAGAGGAAGAUGAAGAAGAAGAUGAUAGUGAGGAAGACGAAGAGAGUGAUGAAAGUACUAAAAGUGAUGUGAAUUCUGACUCAGAAACUAAAUCUGAGAAAGAAGUUGUUGCUAAUUUAGAUGUAGAAAUAGAAUCAAGUGGGGAGAGCUAUAAUGAGGAUGAUGAUGAGGACACUGGUUCAGACUCUUCUCUUGGGAACAAUCAAGAAGGAAAUCCAGAGACAAGUAAAGAUUCUUCAAUGUUUCAUAUGAAGAUUUUUGAUUGA